GCGUAAUGUAUACAUAGUGAUGGCGAGUGUGAAUAACAUUGGAUUAAAUUAUGAGGAAAAUAAAGUUGAUAAUGAGAAAAAAGUUACACCAACUGGUAUGUCUGGCGAAACCAGCCCCAGCACAUUGAACAAAAUACAAUCCAGAGAAUCUUAUUGGUUCGCACAUGGAGGGCUUGAAGACUCAUUCAAAAAUGCACAAUCAAAGCUUCCAGCUGAUCCAAAGGAUCUGCAGAAUCAGAAGGAUAAGGAGGAAAGAAUCCGAAUAUUCCGUGAGCAACAAGAAGAGGAAAGGUUGAAGAGGCUAAAAGAUCUGGAACAGCAGUUUCUACAGUCAAAGAAACAUAGGGAGCAGCAAGAAGAGGAAAGAAAGAGGAAAAUAGAAGAAGCUCGUGUUCGAGAACUGGAAAGGAGACAGCAGGUUGAAGAAAGGAAGAGGCAAAUAUGGGAAGCUGAACAAGAACGUAAGGAAGCCAUUUUACGUCGCAACAUGGAGAGAGAAGCUAGGAUAGAAGCAAGACGAAACGCACAAAGAAAUUCCCAAUGUUUCGCAUUCGGAAGCUCAACGCCCAGGUCUUUCGAUCUCGAUCUCGCAGCCAUAGGCAUUGGCAGAAAUACAGGCCAAGGUUCUGUUUUAAUGUCUUCUGUGAGUAGCAGAAAGUCGGAAGAAAGGGAGCUCGGUCCGCCGAGAGCAACAUCUGCUUGCAGUCUUGACAGGAAAUUUGACACUUUUUCUCAACCUGACAUCUAUUCUAACGACUACCAUUACCGUUCCUCCAGUCUCGAACCGGAUCGAGUCGGUAAUCUUUCUAAACACAUAGCUAUGCAGCAUAAGAGCUCCGAUGACAUGAAAGCUUGCCUCUCUAUGUGGGAGAACUCUCCUCGGCCAAAUUUUUUUCUCAGCCCUUCGUCCGGCUGGCUCACGGGUUCUGGGGUUUUAGUCGGAGACGAUUGUAUGUCCAGAAGCAUGGUCUCCCUCUCGUCAUCUUCGGGGUUCCGAGGACGCAAGAGGACGGACAUCACCCCGACCCUGACCCGGGAGCGCAGCAUCACCCCCCACGUGACCCCCAGAGGUAAUCAUGCCAUGAGGGCCGUCAGCAUGACUCGUCUGGACCAACUGGCACAACCACGCAGGACCUAUUCCAGGAUGGGCACCACCACUCCGAACCCAGGGACCGUGUCCCCCAGCAUGAGCAAGAGCAUGUGUAACCUGGCCAAUGCGGUCGGCAGGCGCCUACAUGCACCCCCUGUGUCUUCUUCUUCUUCUGGAAGGGGCAGCAUGUCCAGGAGCAUGAUGCAUCUGGGAGAUAUUUCUGCCCAGAAGGACACCCAGCGCCUGUCGCCUACCAGUGGUGGCAUGCGCUCGGCCCAGAGCAUGCUGCACUUGGCCCCGGCUCCCAGGCUCACACGAGCCGCUCGCCUGAGGGCUCAGGCCUUGGCCCAUAAUCGUGCACUGUCUGCAUGGAAUCUGAAUAAGCCUGACAGUUCCAUGUCUGGAUAUUAUCCAGGUAAAGAUACAUCUCGUUCUCCAUCUCGACCUCAAAGCUCUAUGUCUGGUGCAUCGGAGGUCAGCCUUCCUUCCAGCAGCGUGUCUGCCGUGAACAUGAGGCCCAGGCCUGCCCCCAGGAAGCCCAGACCCUACAGCGUGGCAGUGGAUCACUUGGUCUCCUCUUCUCUCGCUACGGAAAAGAAGAGUCUCGAGCGACAGCCUAGAGUAGCCGAGAGAACAGCUCCAACCAAUGAUCUUCAUCAAAGAGCCAAGAGCGUUGGCAGGGAGAAUACAAAGCCAUUAGUUGCAGCUAAGAAACCUAUUCCUCCACCUAAAUCAUCCCAAGUGCUUGCCAGAGCUAAAUCUCAUCCCAUGCCACUGAAAGACAAUUUACGGAAGCCUGUGAAGCCUGGUUUUGAACCAACUAGUACUGUUAGUUCCAAAGUGAAACAUCAGAAUGAAAAACAGAGCUCAAAAGAAACGGAAACCAAACCCAACAACCUCGACAUAGAGUCCAAAUUAGAUCCUGCAUCGACUGAGGCCGUGAAAGGGUCACCCGUCACUGAUUCCGAGAUGUGCAUCAGCUCGGACGAUUCCAAGGUCAGCGCAGUCACGGAAUCGGAAACAAACACCAGAUCCGUCACGGAAUCCGAACCUAAAGUUGAAGACCAACCACAGGUAGUCGUCCCCGAUGUCAUCAAAGAAAUUAAUGUGAGCAAAGAGCCAAAGGAAGCAGAAAAGAGUGAGAAGGAAGUUUUGAAAGUAUCUCUGCCUGAGAAAAUCAGCUCUGAAGUUGUGGUGAAUGAAUCGCCACAAAAUGAGACUCUGGAUACCGAGAGCAGUUCGCAGAACGAUGCCUCCUCAUCGAAACCAAGAAUUACUUCUGAAGAAGAAGCCAGAGCAGCUUUGGCUGAGAAACGACGUUUAGCUAGGGAGCAAGCGGAAAGAGAAGCGGAACUGGAAAGGCAGAGGCAAGAGGAAAUAAAGCGAAAAGAAGAAGAACAAAAGCGUCUGGAGGAGUUAGAACAGAAAAGAAUGGAAGAGGAACAGAUACGACUUGCCGAGUUGCAUCGCAAAUUGGAAGAAGAAAAACUUCGUAAAGCCAUAGAAGAACAGCAACAGCGGGAGAGGGAGGAGCAGGAAAGGAGGGAAGAGGAAGCAAGACAAAAAUUAGAGAAAGAAGAGCAGGAGAGGAAGGCACGAGAAGAAGCUGAAAAGCAAAAAAUUGAAUUGGAGGAAAGGUUACGUAAAGAAGAGGAAGAGAGAGCGGAAAGAAAAAGGCGCGUGGAGCAAAUCAUGGCUCGCACAAGAGGCAAAGGAUCUGCUCAAUCUCCAAGUAGUCCUCAAGUGGAGAACAACACAAUGAAAGUGAACAGUGAAUCUCUCAUAGAGAAUGUGAAAAACAGUGUUUCUACAAAUUCUCUGUCAAAUGGUGGUUCACACUCAAAAGUAGAACAAAAUGUGCUCUUCUCGAGUGCCACGGGAGUCAUUUCGGAGAAUUCGAGUUCUGUGGUUGAUGAGAAGAAAAUUUUAAACAAUCAUCUUCCAGAUUUACUUAAUUCUGAAAUCAUUGCCAAUCACUCAAACCAGAAAAAUGGACUGCACUCCGAAAGUGAUAAAUUAUUUUCCUCAAAUUCUGUGUCAAAUUUUGCUUCAAAUAGAACUCUGAGUGCCAAUGAUGCAGCAUUUUCUAAUCAGACUAAUGGUUAUAGCAGCCAUGAAGAUAUGAGUUGUACUACUAGUCCUGAGGAUAUAUCAAGUUCUGGAUUAUUAAUCAGCAUAGAGAAUAGUCAACAAAGUUCAAAAAUCCAGUCUGAAUCUUCGGAGUUCAGUAAGCUUGUGGAUUUGGAAUCUUCUUUGAAUAACAUUAACAAUGACAAUUACUUGAUCAAUGUAGAUAAUGUUAAUUCUAAUCUUCUAACCUCUGAAAGCUCAUAUUUGACAUUUGAUGAAACCCUACAGAAGAAACAAGACUCGUCUAUUACUGAUCUUCUAUCUUAGCUUCUAACUUGAUUAUGUGAAAACAGAGCAGCUGAACGUUCACCUGACACUAUCUUCUAUUGGAUGCUGCAGUUAUAAUUGUAUAGAUCAACUUUUCCUCUCAAUUCUAUCUUAUUUCUCGUACACUUCACGGCAAGUGCUGACUACGAAGCUCAUAAGCAUCCUCUACUGUGGUUGGGGCGUCUGCUAAAACAGUAUUUAAAAAGUAACAAGAGUGAGGAUGUAUAUGUAAAAUGUAAACUGCGUGAAAGGACUAAUAGUUGUUGUGUAAAUAAGAAUGUUUUUAUUUAUGCUUAAUAUAAGGAAGAAAAAAAGUUCGUGUAUAAUUUUAUGUUAACUUGUAUCUCUAAUUUAUACUAACAGGAGGAAAAAAAUUUGGAAAAUAUAUUUAUUAUUAAUUUUUUUUCCUGUUAUUUUUUUUUAUUCGUUAAAAGUUAAAUGCUCAUUCUUAUAUUUUCUUUAAAAAACUCAAAAUUAGAGCAUACGCUUAUUUAAAAUAGCUUGCGAGAAAAGAAAUAAAAUGAAACAUACUUCCAUUUUCAAGAAAUUAAGUUUGAUAUUAUAAGUUAACUUAAUAAAAGUAGGUUAAUAAGUUGAGUUCAUAUAAAAUAUUAUUGGCAAAGAACAAAUUUUUAUAAGAAGGGCAACAGUUGGUUUUUAUGAGAAGUGCUGUUCAAUUUUACUAAGUUUUAAUUUCGUUUAUUGAAUGUAAUAUUUUGAUCUCUGCUAUUAGUUAUAUAUUUCCAUCAUUCACUGUUGACAUGGUUGAGAGUGUAUUACAAACUAUGUAUAAAAUAAAUAGUUUUAAUUUCAAAA